CCAAACAUCUGCGCCACGCGAGGGGUGGGCUCCUGCCAGCAGUGUCUGGCCGUGAGUCCCAUGUGUGCCUGGUGCUCCGAUGAGGCCCUGCUGCCGGGUACACCCCGCUGUGACCUGAAGGAGAAUCUGCUGAAGGACAACUGUGCCCCAAAGUCCAUUGAGUUCCCGGUCAGCGAGGCUCAGGUCCUGGAGGCUAGGCCCCUCAGUGACAAAGGCUCUGGAGACGGCUCCCAGGUCACUCAAGUCAGUCCCCAGAGGAUUGCACUCCGGCUCCGGCCAGAUGACUCGAAGACCUUCUCUGUCCACGUGCGGCAGGUGGAGGACUACCCUGUGGACAUCUACUACCUGAUGGACCUGUCCUACUCCAUGAAGGACGACCUAUGGAGCAUCCAGAACCUGGGCACCCAGCUGGCCGUGCAGAUGCGCAGACUCACCAGCAACCUGCGCGUUGGCUUCGGGGCCUUUGUGGACAAGCCCGUGUCGCCUUACAUGUACAUCUCGCCACCAGAGGCCCUCCGGAACCCCUGCUAUGACAUGAAGACCACCUGUUUACCCAUGUUUGGCUACAAGCACGUGCUGACACUCACCGACCAGGUGACCCGCUUCAAUGAGGAGGUCCAGAAGCAGAGCGUGUCGCGGAACCGAGACGCCCCAGAAGGUGGCUUUGAUGCCAUCAUGCAAGCCACCGUCUGUGAUGAGAAGAUCGGCUGGAGAAACGAUGCCUCCCACCUGCUGGUGUUCACCACUGACGCCAAGACUCACAUAGCUCUGGAUGGGAGACUGGCAGGCAUUGUGCAGCCCAACGACGGCCGGUGCCACGUGGGCCGUGACAACCAUUACGCGGCCUCCACCUCCAUGGAUUAUCCGUCUUUGGGGCUGAUGACUGAGAAACUGUCCCAGAAAAACAUCAACUUGAUCUUCGCGGUGACCGAAAACGUCGUCAAUCUCUAUCAGAACUACAGCGAGCUCAUCCCAGGGACCACAGUGGGGGUUCUGUCUGCCGAUUCCAGCAACGUCCUCCAGCUCAUUGUGGAUGCCUACGGGAAAAUCCGCUCGAAGGUCGAACUAGAGGUGCGGGACCUCCCCGAGGAGCUGUCUCUGUCGUUCAACGCCACCUGCCUCAACAACGAGGUCAUCCCCGGCCUCAAGUCCUGUGUGGGCCUCAAGAUUGGAGACACG